GGACGGGUCCAAGAUGGCCGGGCUCCUUGGUUCCGCUCAUGUCCGCGGCCUCGAGCCCCAUUCAUUGCCGCGUUGCUGAGCGCCGCCGCCGGUCGGCUCGAGGGCUCGGGGGGCUGUCCCCGCGGGACGGGAGGCCGCCAUGGCGACCCUGGAAAAGCUGAUGAAGGCCUUCGAGUCCCUCAAGUCCUUCCAGCAGCAGCAGCAACAGCAGCAGCAGCAGCCUCCGCCGCCGCCACCUCCUCAGCCUCCUCAGCCGCUGCCGCAGGCGCAGCCGCCGCUACCGCAGCCGCCCCCGCCGCCCCCGCCCCCGCCGCCCCCGGGCCCGGCGGUGGCCGAAGAGCCGCUGCACCGACCAAAGAAAGAACUCUCAGCUACCAAGAAGGACCGCGUCAAUCAUUGUCUGACAAUAUGUGAAAACAUAGUGGCACAGUCACUCAGAAAUUCUCCAGAAUUUCAGAAACUUCUGGGCAUCGCUAUGGAACUUUUUCUGCUGUGCAGUGAUGAUGCAGAGUCGGAUGUCCGGAUGGUGGCUGACGAGUGCCUCAACAGAGUCAUAAAAGCCCUGAUGGACUCUAAUCUUCCGAGGUUACAGUUAGAACUCUAUAAGGAAAUCAAAAAGAACGGUGCUCCCCGGAGCCUGCGCGCUGCCCUGUGGAGGUUUGCUGAGCUGGCUCACCUGGUUCGGCCUCAGAAAUGCAGGCCUUACUUGGUAAACCUUUUGCCUUGCCUGACUCGAAUAAGCAAGAGACCUGAGGAAUCUGUUCAGGAGACCUUGGCUGCAGCUGUACCCAAAAUUAUGGCUUCUUUUGGCAAUUUUGCAAAUGACAAUGAAAUUAAGGUUCUAUUAAAGGCUUUCAUAGCGAAUCUGAAGUCAAGCUCCCCGACCAUUCGACGGACAGCAGCUGGCUCAGCAGUGAGCAUCUGCCAGCACUCAAGAAGGACACAGUAUUUUUACAGCUGGCUACUAAAUGUGCUUUUAGGUUUGCUGGUCCCUGUUGAGGGUGAACACUCUACCCUCCUGAUUCUUGGAGUGCUGCUCACACUGAGGUAUCUGGUGCCUUUACUGCAGCAGCAGGUUAAGGACACGAGCCUGAAAGGCAGCUUUGGAGUGACACGGAAAGAACUGGAAGUCUCUCCCUCAACAGAGCAACUCAUCCAGGUUUAUGAACUGACCUUGCAUUAUACUCAGCACCAAGACCACAACGCUGUGACUGGAGCGCUGGAGCUCCUGCAGCAGCUGUUCCGCACGCCCCCGCCCGAGCUCCUGCAGGCUCUGAGCACACCCGGUGGCGGGCUGCUCAAUGCCACGCAGCAGCAGCCUGGGUGCCGGAGCCGCAGCAGCAGCAUCGUGGAGCUCCUAGCUGGAGGGGGUUCUUCAUGCAGCCCUGUCCUUUCAAGAAAACAAAAAGGGAAAGUGCUCUUCGGAGAAGCGGCAGCCUUGGAUGAUGACUCCGAGUCCAGGUCGGAGGGCAGCAGCCCCGCCUUCACAGCCUCGGUCAAGGGUGAGAUUGGUGGUGAGCUGGCUGCCUCUUCCGGGGUCUCUACUCCUGGCUCUGCCAGUUCAGCCACCGACUCCGUGGGGCAUGACAUCAUCACCGAGCAGCCCCGGUCACAGCACACACUGCAGCCAGACUCAGUGGAUCUGACCAGCUGUGACCUGGCGAGUGCUGCCACCGAUGGGGAUGAGGAGGACAUCUUGAGCCACAGCUCCAGCCAGAUCAGUGCUGUCCCGUCGGACCCAGCCAUGGACCUGAACGAUGGCACCCAGGCCUCCUCCCCGGUCAGCGACAGCUCCCAGACCACCACUGAAGGGCCGGAUUCAGCUGUGACCCCCUCAGACAGUUCUGAAAUUGUGUUAGAUGGUGCUGACAGCCAGUAUUCGGGGAUGCAGAUUGGACAGCCACAGGACGAGGAUGAGGAAACCGCAGGCAUUCUUCCAGAUGAAGAUGCAGAUGCUUUCAGAACCUCUUCAGUUGCCCUUCAGCAAGCACAUUUAUUGAAAAGCAUGGGCCACAGCAGGCAGCCCUCUGACAGCAGUAUAGACAAGUUUGUCUCCAGAGAUGAAGCUACCGAAACAGGAGAUCAAGAAAACAAGCCUUGCCGGAUCAAAGGUGACAUAGGACAGUCUACCGAUGAUGAUUCUGUUCCUCUUGUCCAUUGUGUCCGCCUCCUGUGUGCGUCAUUUUUGCUGACUGGGGAGAAAAAUGUUUUGGUUCCAGACAGGGACGUGCGGGUCAGUGUGAAGGCACUGGCACUCAGCUGUGUUGGAGCUGCUGUGGCCCUUCAUCCUGAAUCUUUCUUCAGCAAACUUUAUAAAGUACCUCUUGACACCAUGGAAUACCCUGAGGAGCAGUAUGUGUCAGACAUCCUGAACUACAUCGACCAUGGAGACCCCCAAGUCAGAGGAGCCACAGCCGUUCUCUGCGGAACCCUCAUCUCCUCUAUCCUCAGCAGAUCCCGCUUCCAGGUGGGAGAUUGGAUGGGCACCGUCAGGACCCUGACAGGAAGUACAUUUUCUCUGGCGGACUGUGUUCCUUUGCUGCAGAAAACUUUGAAGGAUGAAUCUUCUGUUACUUGCAAGUUGGCUUGUACAGCUGUGAGGCACUGUGUCAUGAGUCUCUGCAGCAGUAGCUAUAGUGAAUUGGGAUUACAGCUGAUCACCAACGUGCUGACCCUAAAGGAUAGUUCCUACUGGUUGGUGAGGACGGAGCUCUUGGAAACUCUUGCAGAGAUUGACUUUCGGUUGGUGAGCUUUUUGGAGACAAAAGCAGAAAACCUGCACAGAGGGACUCAUCAUUACACAGGGCUUUUAAAACUACAAGAACGAGUGCUCCAUGAUGUUGUCAUCUAUCUGCUUGGGGAUGAGGACCCCAGAGUGCGGCAUGUUGCUGCAGCGGCAUUAAUGAGGCUUGUCCCAAAGCUGUUUUAUAAGUGCGACCAAGGGCAAGCUGACCCCGUGGUGGCUGUGGCGCGAGAUCAAAGCAGUGUUUACCUGAAGCUCCUCAUGCACGAGGCGCAGCCUCCAUCUCACUUCUCCGUCAGCACCAUAACCAGAAUCUACAGAGGCUAUAACUUACUACCGAGCAUGACAGACGUCACUGUGGAAAACAACCUCUCCAGAGUCAUUGCGGCAGUUUCCCGUGAAUUGGUCACGUCAACCACACGCGCGCUCACAUUUGGAUGCUGCGAAGCUCUGUGUCUCCUUUCAACUGCCUUUCCUGUCUGCAUUUGGAGUUUAGGUUGGCAUUGUGGGGUGCCUCCACUAAGCACCUCAGAUGAGUCUAGAAAGAGCUGUACUGUUGGCAUGGCCACGAUGAUCCUCACCUUGCUCUCGUCUGCUUGGUUCCCACUGGAUCUCUCUGCCCAUCAGGAUGCUUUGGUUUUAGCCGGAAACUUACUUGCAGCCAGUGCCCCCAAAUCUCUGAGAAGUUCAUGGACCUCUGAAGAGGAGGCCAACCCAGCAACCUCCAAGCAGGAAGAGGUCUGGCCAGCUUUGGGUGACCGGACCCUGGUGCCCAUGGUGGAGCAGCUCUUCUCCCACUUGCUGAAGGUGAUUAACAUCUGUGCUCACGUCUUGGACGAUGUGGCUCCCGGACCAGCAAUAAAGGCAGCCUUGCCGUCUCUGACAAACCCUCCUUCCCUAAGUCCCAUCCGACGGAAGGGAAAGGAGAAAGAACCUGGAGAGCCAGCCUCUGUGCCCUUGAGCCCCAAGAAAGGCAGCGAAGCCAGUCCAGCCUCUCGACAAUCUGAUGCCCCAGGACCUGUUACAGCAAAUAAGUCCUCGUCGUUGGGGAGUUUCUGUCACCUUCCUUCAUAUCUCAAAUUGCACGAUGUCCUGAAAGCUACUCACGCCAACUAUAAGGUUACCUUGGAUCUUCAGAACAGCACUGAAAAGUUUGGGGGCUUUCUGCGCUCUGCCUUGGAUGUUCUCUCUCAGAUCCUGGAGCUGGCCACGCUGCAGGACAUCGGGAAGUGUGUUGAGGAGAUACUAGGGUAUCUGAAAUCCUGUUUCAGUCGAGAACCAGUGAUGGCAACUGUUUGUGUUCAACAGUUGUUGAAGACUCUCUUUGGGACAAACUUGGCCUCCCAGUUUGAUGGCUUAUCUUCCAACCCCAGCAAGUCUCAAGGCCGAGCACAGCGUCUGGGCUCGUCCAGCGUGAGACCAGGCUUGUAUCAUUACUGUUUCAUGGCUCCAUACACCCACUUCACCCAGGCCUUAGCCGAUGCCAGCUUGAGGACCAUGGUGCAGACGGAGCAGGACCACGGCACAUCAGGGUGGUUUGAUGUGCUUCAGAAGGUGUCUACGCAGUUGAAGACCAACCUCACGAGUGCCACUAAGAACCGUGCAGAUAAGAAUGCUAUUCAUAAUCACAUACGUUUGUUCGAGCCUCUGGUUAUAAAAGCUUUAAAACAGUACACAACCACAACGUCUGUGCAGCUGCAGAGGCAGGUUUUAGACUUGCUGGCACAGCUGGUUCAGUUACGGGUCAAUUACUGUCUUCUGGACUCAGAUCAGGUGUUUAUUGGAUUUGUGCUGAAGCAGUUUGAGUACAUUGAAGUAGGCCAGUUCAGGGAAUCAGAGGCAAUUAUUCCAAACAUCUUUUUCUUCCUGGUAUUACUAUCUUAUGAACGCUAUCAUUCAAAACAGAUCAUUGGAAUUCCUAAAAUCAUUCAGCUCUGUGAUGGCAUCAUGGCCAGUGGGAGGAAGGCUGUGACACAUGCCAUACCGGCCCUGCAGCCCAUAGUCCAUGAUCUCUUUGUACUGAGAGGAACCAAUAAAGCCGAUGCAGGAAAAGAGCUUGAAACCCAAAAAGAGGUGGUGGUGUCAAUGUUACUGAGACUCAUCCAGUACCAUCAGGUGCUGGAGAUGUUCAUCCUGGUUCUACAGCAGUGCCACAAGGAGAAUGAAGAUAAGUGGAAGCGACUGUCUCGGCAGAUAGCAGAUGUCAUCCUCCCGAUGUUAGCCAAGCAGCAGAUGCACAUUGAUUCUCAUGAAGCCCUUGGAGUGUUAAAUACUUUAUUUGAGAUCCUGGCUCCUUCUUCCCUCCGUCCUGUGGACAUGCUUUUACGAAGUAUGUUUGUCACUCCAGAUACAAUGGCAUCUGUGAGCACUGUCCAACUGUGGAUAUCAGGAAUCCUAGCCAUUUUGAGAGUUCUAAUUUCCCAGUCAACUGAAGAUAUUGUUCUUUCUCGUAUUCAGGAGCUCUCCUUCUCCCCAUAUUUAAUUUCCUGUCCAAUAAUUAAUAGGUUAAGAGAUGGGGAUAGUACUUCAAUACCAGAAGAACACCAUGAAGGGAAACAAAUGAAGACUUUGCCAGAGGAAACAUUUUCAAGGUUUUUACUACAACUAGUUGGCAUUCUUUUGGAGGAUAUUGUUACAAAACAGCUAAAAGUAGAAAUGAGUGAACAGCAACAUACUUUCUAUUGUCAAGAACUAGGCACCCUGCUCAUGUGUCUGAUCCACAUCUUCAAGUCUGGAAUGUUCCGGAGAAUCACAGCAGCUGCCUCUAGACUCUUCACGGUAGACAGCACCGACGGCAGUUUCUAUGGCCUAGAGAGGCUGAACGCCCGGGUGCGUGCCAUGGUGCCCACACAUCCAGCCCUCGUGCUGCUCUGGUGCCAGAUCCUGCUGCUCGUCAGCCACACCGACUACCGCUGGUGGGCAGAGGUGCAGCAGACCCCCAGGAGACGCAGUCUGUCCAGUACCAAGUCACUCAACCCCCAGAUGUGUGGAGAAGAGGAGGAUCCCGAUGCAGCAUGCAAGCUUGGGAUGUGCAAUAGAGAAAUAGUGCGAAGGGGAGCUCUCAUUCUCUUCUGUGAUUAUGUCUGUCAGAACCUACACGAUUCAGAGCACCUAACGUGGCUCAUCGUGAAUCAUAUCCAGGACCUGAUCAAUCUGUCCCAUGAGCCUCCCGUGCAGGAUUUUAUUAGUGCUGUUCAUCGGAACUCUGCUGCCAGUGGCCUUUUCAUCCAGGCAAUUCAGUCUCGUUGUGAAAAUCUUUCCACCCCUACCACUCUGAAGAAGACGCUUCAGUGCUUGGAAGGGAUCCACUUCAGCCAGUCGGGUGCCGUGUUAACCCUAUAUGUGGACAAGCUUUUGUGCACUCCGUUCCGUGUGCUGGCUCGCAUGGUCGACACUCUAGCCUGUCGCCGGGUGGAAAUGCUUCUGGCUGCAAAUUUACAGAGUGGCAUGGCCCAGCUGCCAGUGGAGGAAGUGAGCAGAGUCCAGGAGUACCUGCAGCGCAGCGGGCUGGCCCAGAGACACCAAAGGCUCUACUCCCUGCUGGACAGGCUGCGUCUUGCCACUGCACCGGGCUCACGUGGCCCUUCACCUCCAGUUACCUCCCACCCGCUGGACGGGGAUGGGCCCCUGGCACUAGAGAUAGUGAUUCCAGAUAAAGACUGGUACCUACGUCUAGUCAAAUCCCAGUGCUGGACUAGGUCAGAUUCUGCACUGCUAGAAGGGGCAGAACUGGUGAAUCGGAUUCCUCCCAGUGACAUGAGUACAUUCAUGAUGAACUCGGAAUUCAACUUAAGUCUGUUGGCUCCAUGCCUGGGCCUGGGCAUGCGCGAAAUCUCCGGAGGCCAGAGGAGUCCCCUUUUUGAAGCAGCUCGCCUGGUGACACUGGACCGCGUGACCAGCCUGGUCCAGCAGCUCCCUGCUGUCCAUCAUGUGUUCCAGCCAUUCCUGCCUAUGGAGCCCACCGCCUACUGGAGCAAGUUGAAUGAUCUAUUUGGGGAUGCCGUGUUGUAUCGGUCCUUGACCACUCUGGCCCGGGCCCUAGCCCAAUACCUGCUUGUGUUCUCCAAACUGCCCAGCCAUUUGCACCUACCUCCUGAGAAGGAGAGGGACACUGUGAAGUUUGUGGUCAUGACCCUUGAGGCCCUGGCAUGGCAUUUGAUCCAUGAGCAGAUCCCACUGAGUCUGGACCUUCAGGCAGGCCUCGACUGCUGUUGCCUGGCUCUGCAGCUGCCCAGCCUCUGGAGUGUGCUCUCCUCCCCAGAGAUGGUGACCCAUGCCUGCUCUCUCAUUCACUGUGUCCGCUUCAUCCUAGAAGCCGUCGUGGUGCAGCCUGGGGACCAGCUGCUUAGCCCAGAAAGGAGGGUGAACAUGCCAAAGGCCGCCAGAGUGGACGAAGUAGAUCCAAACACACAAAAUCUAGCAUAUAUCACCACAGCCUGUCAGAUGGUGGCAGAAAUGGUGGAGUCUUUGCCAUCAGUGUUGGCCUUGGGGCACAAGAGGAACAGCAACACCCCAGCGUUUCUCACAUCAGUGCUGAGGAACAUCGUCAUCAGCCUGGCUCGCUUACCCCUCGUCAAUAGCUACACGCGUGUCCCCCCGCUGGUUUGGAAACUCGGAUGGUCGCCUGAGCCAGGAGGGGACUUCGGCACAGCCUUCCCUGAGAUCCCAGUGGAGUUCCUCCAGGAGAAGGAAGUCUUUAAAGAGUUCAUCUACCGCAUCAAUGCACUAGGAUGGACCAGCCGCACCCAGUUUGAGGAAACGUGGGCCACCCUCCUUGGUGUCCUGGUGACUCAGCCCCUUGUGAUGGAGCAGGAAGAGAGCCCACCGGAAGAAGACACAGAGAGGACCCAGAUCAACGUCCUGGCUGUGCAGGCCAUCACCUCCCUGGUGCUGAGUGCAAUGACUGUGCCUGUGGCUGGCAACCCAGCUGUGAGCUGCUUGGAGCAGCAGCCCCGGAACAAGCCCCUGAAAGCCCUCGACACCAGGUUUGGGAGGAAGUUGAGCAUUAUCCGAGGAAUUGUAGAGCAGGAAAUCCAAGCAAUGGUUUCAAAGAGAGAGAAUAUCGCCACGCAUCACUUAUACCAAGCGUGGGACCCUGUCCCUUCUCUGUCUCCAGCUACUACAGGUGCCCUCAUCAGCCACGACAAGCUUCUGCUGCAGAUCAACCCCGAGCGGGAGCUGGGAAACAUGAGCUAUAAGCUUGGCCAGGUGUCCAUUCACUCCGUGUGGCUGGGGAACAGCAUCACACCCUUGAGAGAGGAGGAGUGGGAGGAGGAGGAAGAAGAGGAGGCUGAUGUCCCUGCACCUGCAUCACCACCCACAUCACCCGUCAACUCCAGGAAGCACCGGGCUGGAGUCGACAUUCACUCCUGUUCCCAGUUUUUGCUUGAAUUGUACAGUCGCUGGAUCCUGCCAUCAGGUUCGGCCAGAAGGACACCCAUCAUCCUGAUCAGUGAAGUGGUUCGAUCCCUCCUCGUGGUCUCAGACUUAUUCACUGAGCGCACCCAGUUUGAGAUGAUGUAUCUGACGCUGACGGAACUGCGGAGGGUGCACCCUGCAGAAGACGAGAUUCUCAUUCAGUACCUGGUGCCCGCCACCUGCAAGGCAGCUGCCGUCCUUGGAAUGGACAAGGCCGUGGCAGAGCCAGUCAGCCGGCUGCUAGAGACCACGCUGAGGAGCAGCCACCUUCCCAGCAAGGUCGGAGCCCUGCACGGUGCUCUCUACGUGCUGGAGUGUGACCUCCUGGAUGAGACGGCAAAGCAGCUCGUCCCAGUCAUCAGCGACUACCUCUUGUCCAACCUCAAAGGGGCAGCACACUGUGUGAACAUUCAUAGCCAGCAGCACGUGCUGGUGAUGUGCGCCACUGCCUUUUACCUGAUCGAGAACUACCCCCUGGAUGUAGGCCCGGAAUUCUCUGCAUCAAUAAUACAGAUGUGUGGGGUGAUGCUGUCUGGAAGUGAGGAGUCCACCCCGUCUAUUAUCUACCACUGUAUCCUGCGGGGUCUGGAGCGCCUCCUGCUCUCUGAACAACUCUGCCGGCUGGAUGCAGAGUCCCUGGUCAAGCUUAGUGUGGACAGAGUGAACGUGCACAGCCCACAUCGGGCCAUGGCUGCCCUGGGCCUGAUGCUUACCUGCAUGUACACAGGGAAGGAGAAAAUCAGCCCGGGCAGAACCUCAGACCCCAGCCCCACCGCCCCAGACAGCGAGUCAGUGAUUGUGGCUAUGGAGCGUGUGUCUGUACUUUUUGACAGGGUCAGGAAAGGGUUCCCCUGUGAAGCCAGAGUGGUGGCACGGAUCCUUCCUCAGUUUUUAGAUGACUUCUUCCCACCCCAGGACGUCAUGAACAAAGUCAUUGGAGAAUUUCUGUCCAACCAGCAGCCGUACCCACAGUUCAUGGCCACCGUUGUAUAUAAGGUUUUCCAGACUCUGCACAGCACCGGGCAGUCGUCCAUGGUCCGAGACUGGGUCAUGCUGUCUCUGUCCAACUUCACACAAAGGACGCCAGUGGCCAUGGCCGUGUGGAGCCUCUCCUGCUUCUUUGUCAGUGCUUCCACCAGCCCGUGGGUCUCGGCAGUCCUUCCCCACGUUAUCAGCAGGAUGGGCAAGCUGGAACAAGUGGACGUUAACCUCUUCUGCCUGGUGGCCACGGACUUUUACAGACACCAGAUAGAGGAGGAGCUGGACCGCCGGGCCUUCCAGUCUGUGUUCGAGGUGGUCGCGGCACCAGGAAACCCGUAUCAUCGAUUGCUGACUUGUUUGCGGAAUGUCCACAAAGUCACCAUGUGCUGAACGCCCACACAGGGCAGCAGCACAGAGCCGGGGGCCCUGCCUGCGCUGGCGUGGCUCUGCAAAGGCCUCCCCUCGAGUCGCAACAAGGCCAGGCAGGCAGUGUCGGCUCUGCCACGUGGCAGAGGAGCUCUUUGGCAGUGAGGCUGCGUGCAAGGGAACAUGUGCAGUACCGUGGGGUUGAGCCUGAGUCCUCGCAGAGAGCAGGAGCAGUUGUGUCACUAACCCUUUGUGCUGCAGCUCCUCCAAAAUGCCAGCUAACCAGGUGUUCUUUUCCUCUUAGCACCCAGCCUGCUCGUGGUCAUCGGGUUACAGCUGCUCUUGUGUCCUAGAGCCUCUCUGCUGUCCCGCCGGCAGAAGGUGGCGCCAGUGGGCUUUCAGGAGCAUUCCCCGGGGCUCUGGCCUGGGGGUCAGGACCACACCCAGUCCUGGAGGGGACCGCUGCGGUGUGUGCAGGUGGGGGGGGGGGCUGGGAACGUGACACCCAGCGCCAUACUUCCUUUCUCUGAUUUCUUCUCAGGAUUUAAAGUUUAAUUAUAUCAGUAAAGAGAUUAAUUUUAAGGUAACUUUCUACGCCCGUGUAAAGUAUGUGCAUUACCAAGUCUGUGCCGCAUGUGACAGAGCCUGCGGAAGCUGCCCCAGGCCGGUCCUUCCCUGGCAGCCCCUGCUCUCUGCCCUGCAGCUUCCCUGCCCGCCCCCUUCGCCCACACACACACACACACACACACACACACACACACACCUACACACCUACCUGUCUUCCUUAUUAACACGCUGGCGAUGUUCUGUGGUACCCUCCACCCUUUCUCACGAGUUCACUUCUGUUUAGAGAUGUUUAGAAUUUAGAGAUGUUUCAUGUUAAGGUGUCUGCGUCAGGAACUCAUACAGCCACUCUGAGGACUGGAGGGUGCCUGCCCCCCUGUCCCAUACACAGCCCGCCUGCUGCUCCCUCACCCUUCCACACUGAUGGCUCUGUGGGCUCCAUUCCCCAGUGAAGGACAGCUGUGCUGGCACCUAGCCAACAAGGCCAGCUCUCCUGGUUACAGGCAGUCUGUCGUGUCCAAUGACGCCAGCCUGGAUGUUGUCCGGUCCCGUCCCAAGCGGGGUCGGGCUGGGAGCUAACUGACCGCUGUGAAACCUGCUCUCCAUGUGGCCUCUCCUGUGUAUUAGGGCCCAGGCGUGUAGUGGAAUUAUAUUUGUACCACUCUUGGUCAAGAGCAAAGCUCGGCAUUUGGCAACUGUUAGAGAAGGACCCCAGCACCCACUUGGCCCCCUUUGCAGCUCAAAAUGUAAAGUGGGCCUCCUUUCAGGAGGAUGCAGAUCUGUACCCACUGGAUACGUGAUGGGGCUCAGAAGGGGUAGUAAGGAGAAGGGCUGGGCAGUGACUGGCCGGCCCACGUCCCCUCAGAGCUGCUGCUUUUACCCCAGGCCCAGGCCGCUGGACCAACUUUCUGUUUCCAGCCCCAAAGUAGCCAAAUCAUCCAGUGCAGAUGAGGCAUGGACAUUUGGGUUGACCUCUGCUGGGCAGAGCUCAUGGUGUGCCUACGAGUGGGGCCAUGCUUGCUGUCUGCCUGUGAGGCUGGUGGGUACUCUGCUGUCUGGCCCCAGAGGCAGGCCGGUUGCAUGAUGACUGCCAUGUGGGUCAGUUUGGUCCUGAGUUCAAAUGCAGGCAGUGGUUUGGGUAUUUCAUGUGGUGAGUGGAGAUCAUUUUGAAGCCCUUUUCCAGAGCCAGAGGAGGAAGCGGAGGAGGAGGAGCCUUGGUACAUGGUUAAUUACCCUUACAUCUGGCUGGGUAUGGGCCUGAUAUCCCACCACAAUACACAGCCAGCUGUGGGGCACACACCAAACUGCCUGCUGACCCCCUGCCCCAGAACUGCCAUCCUCUUCCUACCCUCUCCUGAUACAGCAGUUUGGGAAUUUCUAGGGUGCAGGGUUUUCCCACCAGCCCCCACAGAGGCCCCACCAAGCAAGGGCAUGAGCAAUAGAAAUGAGUCCCGCUUUUGAGCUGGAUGGAAGGGAAUCUUAAGAAGGAAAUCUCCCAUGUCCCCCACCUCUGCUGGGCUCCCAUCUCUCCCUGCCACCUCCUAGAAACCGCCUGUCUCUCACCCCAUCACCUCAGCGGCUCCAAGACAAGAACAUCACAGGCCAGGCUGCAUGCUGUUCCUGGUGAGGGGUUUACAUUUGUAGGAAGUAACACUGUGAAUGUAAGGUUUGGAACCAUCCCCCUUAGGAUCCAUAUCACUGGGCUCACCUGGAAGCGUCAUUGUCUUCCCUUGUUUGCCAUUGAUCCAAAAUAGUCGGUGCUUAACUAGGGGCCCUGGAGCUUAGCUCUGGCUGUACGUGCUGACCCCAAAGACUGGCCUGUGUGAUCCGAAAGUGGAUGGGAGUUGGUGAGUGAAGUUCUCUAGCCGGGGAUGAGUACGUGUGUGUGUGUGUGUGUGUGUGUGUGUGUGCGCGUGUGUGCAGAUCUAUCAUUAUAUGUAUAUCAAUAUGCAGGUAUGCAAGGCUACCAGGAAUGGCCGCGUAAGUUUUUUGCAGAAGUUGACUUUUCUUAGAUGUGCCACAUGGAGCUGGCUGCAUGGCUGAGGUGUCUAGGAACCAUGUCAUUGCUCAUUAAAAUCCUACUUAGGAAAGGGUCCAUCCACUUUGCCAGCUUUCUGCACAAGGAAUUAAUAUUUUAGCAAGUUCCUAGAAGUCUGUGGCAAGCAGCAAUCCUAUCAUCAAUCCAAAUUUUGUUGAAAAUACUAAUUUGGCAGGUCUAUUUGCCAGGGAGAGGGUUUGUUUUCCUGCCGACACUUUUCCACAAAUUUGAAUGAAGCCAGGGCCAUGCCCUUAAGCAUGGCUCCUCCAGAAACGCGCCUCCCUCCCCUGCUGCCCCGCCAAGUGCUGUGGGCAACUCCCAGCUGUCUGUACCCGCUUCUCUUGUCCUGUCAUAUUUUUGCCAGCAAAUGGAUCCUUUCCGGACGAUGAAUGAGGCUGACCCCUGCAGACACCCCGAAUGUAGCAUCAGAAGGCCUCACCUCUGAAAGGACCCCCACCGCACCCAGGCCGCCCCCUCCUUGCGGGGUGUCACUUGCAAGUCCCCAAGACCAUGAGGCAGCUUCCUCCGGGGAGCUACAGCGAGCCCUUGUUGGCGGUUCCUUUGGAACAGACAAAACAGCAAUAACUGCUCUUGGCUGACCUGCAGACAAAGCUUCCUUCUGCUGCAGGGCUGCAGUGGGCGUGGUUCUCUGGGAUUUGUGGGGAGUGGAAUUCAUUUCCUCUGAUACUGUGAGCAUCCUUCCUAGCAGCCGUCCUCACUUUGUUUUGUCCUUCCCUCUGAGGGAGCCCUUGAAGCCAUGGCUCCCAGCCAGGGUGACCAUGGGGUGGUUCUGUGGGGCAGUGGGCAGCAGCAGGGGUGCGGCCUUGCUGGAGAGCUCGGAGGGCUGUGCUGCUGCUGCUGGCCUGGGCAUGGCCUCAGCAGGGAGUGGCCCACUCAGAUGGCUGUGACAAGUGAAGGUGGCCUGGAAGGUUCUGGGGUCACUUUCCCCCAUGCACCUGUCACUUUUAAUGCAGUUGAAGGAACCCCCUCACCCCACCCUGAGUGCUUCUGAGAGCACCUGGCCCUGGACAGUCACCACAGUCUCCCAGUGCAAACUGGAUGGUGACCACCGGCGCUCGAGGACCCUGGCCAUCAAGGACCUGUUGCAGGUGGCAGGGCUGAGCUAAGUUUGGCCACCUGUCCAUAAUCACUGCUUCGUGCUGCGGCUGAGCGUCAGCAGGGUGUUCACCCCUGCCACACCGCCACCACCUUCCCCCGACACUGGGAGCCAGCAAGGCUAUGAGGGGCAUGUCCCGGAGCCCUGGCCUGGACUGGACUGUCCACUUCCAAGAGGAGAGGGAAGGACUGACAUGCGAUGUGUAUUUAAAUUUUUUAAAUUGCUACAAACAUUGUGUAUCUGAAUUAAAGGGAAAUGACACUACA